UCGUGAUGGCCAAUGUGGCAAGUCGCUAGCACGAACGUGUUGUUUCUUAUAGCGGCCGGCAUCGGUUGUUGUUCGUAUUGUUUGUUUACCUUUAGGUAAUCACACCUGUGACAGACCUGCGUACAACCUUGGUACACCAACCGGAAGUAAACAAUGGCUCGUCCAGCAGCCGACUACCAAAAAAUUAUCAAAGACAAUCGUUCCUCCUACAACUUGAUUGCCCAUGAACACCACGUGCCUCAGUCCCCCCUAUUUGGGCCCUCGCCACGUCAGGGUGGGGGCGAUCCCCGACAGGCUGACCCCCGGAGGGAUUACGGUGAUGGCGGGAUGAAAGGACCCAAGGACUACGACAAUCCCCUGUCCCAUCGAGCAGACGACAACAGAAACCCGGCAGACAUGAUCCGGCACGAGCAUCACGUGCCGGCUUCACCUUUGUACCGACCCGGAGGUCAAGGCUACUCAGAGGUUGACCCCCGCUACGGCACACCUCAGGGAGGAAGGAGGGACUGGAUCGGAGGAGGGAGGGACUAUGAGGUGCCACGCCCUAAAGAGCCACCUACGCCAGACUACAACACCACACAGAUGCACAUCCCAGACUCACAGAACGGGGAGACGAAGAUACAGCUUGGGGAACUGAAGGGGAGCAGGGAGGACCUCAGAGAUUACCGGACCAACAACGCCUCGUGGGCGGGCUAUCAAGACCAGCCUGUCCUGCGUGGGCCCCCCAUCACAGACAGACCUGGCAACGCCACUGACCGCAGCUACAGAGCUAACCCAUGGACACAGAGGGACAAGGGUCGCGGUGAUUUGAACGACCCCCGUGUUGGGGGUGCUCAUGACGGGAUUGGACUCAUUGGAAGCCGGAACGGCGGGGCCCUGCUGUUUAUCCGUUUCCCCAUCGGUCAAGGUGAGAACGUACAGGUGGCCGCCCACGCCUUCCUCAAGUCUAAGACCCACGACAACGGUGGCCGCUUCCUGGGACUUGCUAAGAAGACGUUCGAUUUCGGCUACGAGAAGAGACCGACAGAGGCGAUAGGAGUCUUCCACUUCCCAUCCAUGGAUAAGGCCUUGCUGUUUUUCCAGAUGGAUACCAUUAUCCGCCAGCCUGACUUCCCACCCCCUUACGGGCACGCAGAGAUGUGGAUAGUUUCUAACGCCUACCUCCCGGAUAACUUGAAUUUGUUCAACACAUUCCUCCUCUCAGAGGUCGAGCUCCACAACGGUAAAGAUAAAAGGGAAUUUUUCGAAACGUUCCAAAAACCCUUCGAGAGCUACCUGUACAAAAAUGGCGCCAUGCCAUUUGUCGUCUGCUCCUACGGCAGCUACGACAGGAAAAGCUUGAGGAGACACACCUACCCCCCAAACUCGAUAGUGACCUGUCACCUCUUCCAGGGCCUGGAUCACCUCAACUGGAUCACCAAUGACGAAACCUACUCCAAGUUCCGCAGCCUCCACAAUCAAAUGGCCACAGAGAAAUGCUCCAUCUUCACCCUCUCCAAGGACGUCGCCCUCUAGCGACAACGCUAUUUUUAGAUCAAAUGUCAAGGACGUCGCCCUCUAGCGACAACGCUAUUUUUAGAUCAAAUGUCAAGGACGUCGCCCUCUAGCGACAACACUAUUUUUAGAUCAAAUGUCAAGACCGUCUGUAACAGUUUUUAAAGUGAUUAGCGCGCUCGAGUCUUAAGUUUGGGCUGUGUAAAUAUAAUAGAAAAGGAUAUUUAUAUUGAAGAGAAUCUAAAAAUAUGAACUUUGUCCACUGCAAAACAAGACAAAAUUAUCUGCUUAGCUGUGUCUUCCCACCACUGUGUACCUAACCACGCCAUGCCAUAAAUAUUUCUUAUCUUUCCUAAGUUUCAUUGUACCUGUGAAGUUAAAUCAUCAUCGUGCAACUUCAAUUUUUAUUUCCUACGUAAAUUAACAAGUGACUUUACUGCAAUAGUUUCAUAUAAUACAACCUUAUCUAAAGAAAAAAAAACGUCACUUGUCUAACGUACAAGUACUGACAUGAAGAAUUUGGUUGUUUUUUUUAAAUUAUCUUUGACCUCGAUUUUUCAACAGACGUCAAAGAGAACUAUUUUAGCAAUGAUAAUAGUACAUAGCUAAUGAUCAAUUCAACAUUUUAAAAAUAUAUGUAAUUAUUACAAAAGUUUUAGUUUCUUUGGAAUGUUUGGUUAGGUUUUAUUGGAUACAUACGUCUCAUCAAUGUUUGUCUUACACUGAUUUAAACUGUAGCAAGCGGUACUUUACAACAUCAUGGUUAAUGAUAAUAUGAGGUGUAGGGGGAGCUUACUCUGAACAGAUAAAAUCCAACACAAAAGUAAAAUAUUCACGUCAUUUUCACAUUCCCACUGUGUUGUUAAUGUUCAAGGUUUUUUUUAUAUAAUUCUAGCGUGUAGAUGUCGAUCACUGUUUUUUAAGUCUUUUAUACUUUAAAAAUUUAUGUAUUUUGGUAUUGCACAACUUAAAUUUAUUUUCAUAAUCAAUUGUUUUUAAAAAUAAUAAAUCUUUGGUAAUACGUGGGUUGUUUUUAUUAUUGAAUUUCGUCGACAUGUUUUCUAUAAUUUAAAGAACUGUGAUAAUGUAAAUUAUUUAAUUAUAUCCAUAUACUUGUGUAAAAAAAAUAAUUAAAUAGCGUCGACGUAUUUUAUGCAAGGUAAAGCAAUGUGAUAUUGUAAAAUUAUUUAAUUAUAAUCAUAUUCUUAUGAUAAAAAAACAUAAUGUAUAGAACAUUUGUUAUUUAAAGAAUUUAAUAAAACGCAUAUUUAU